CUCAAAACUGCGCAUCCAUCUUUUUGGCUAGAGCUCAAGGAAAAUCUAGGGUUCCUGGAACUGCACAACAAUGGGGAAGGGAACAGGGAGCUUUGGUAAGAGGAGGAACAAGACACACACAUUGUGUGUGAGGUGUGGCCGCCGCAGCUUCCACCUCCAAAAGAGCCGCUGCUCCGCCUGUGCAUACCCUGCUGCCCGCAAGAGGACAUAUAAUUGGAGCGUGAAGGCUAUUCGGAGAAAGACUACUGGAACGGGGCGCAUGAGGUACCUACGCCAUGUGCCGCGCAGAUUCAAAACCAACUUUAGAGAAGGUACUCAAGCAGCACCAAGGAAGAAGGCAGCAGCAGCAGCUUCUGCUUAAUUUUGAUGGUUUCUUUGGAUUUUACUUUUCUUAGCUCCUCUUUGAAGUAUUAGAGAACAAAUGAAUUUGGAAACUUCAUUUGAAGGGCAUUUGUUCGCAUUUCAUGAUGAUUUGAAUUUACAUUUUUCGUUUUGUGCCUUAAUCUUCUCAAUAGUAUGGAUGGAUCAAAGACCAUUAUAUAUUAAUUUGAAUGCUCAUUCUUGGCAUUGUUAGAAUUGCUAAUUUCUCGAGUUAUGAAGUUCUCAAAAUUUUA